CACUUUUUGAAGACACGCACACGCAACACCCUCAUUCACACAAUUCUUCUUUCCUCGUCUACUUCCCGCCCUCUUUUAACCAGCAGUACUCGAGUCGCAAGACGCCUCUGCCAAUCGCUACGAAAGUCAAUAACCAACAAACCCACCAAACAAAAGGAGCAGGACCAAUCAGAAGGACAUCAUGGUCGAGAACAAGGAAGUCGCUAUCACCGUCCCCGCCGCAGACAAUUCCCCCAUGGAGGAAGACAAGCCUUUGAAGAAGUCGCCAAAAGAGCUCAAGGAUGCGCCUAUCAAAGAGGAGCUGUCUGAGGAGGAUCAGGAGCUCAAGAACCAGCUCGAGAUGUUAAUCGACAGGCUGAAGGAACCCGAUACGAAGCUUUACAACGCAACGCUUGAAACCCUUCGUACUCUCAUCUUGACUUCGACGAGCUCUAUGACUUCUGUCCCCAAGCCGCUGAAGUACCUGCGCCCCAUGUACCCUGAUAUGGUGACGAUUCACGAAUCCUGGCCAGAGAGCGCAGACAAGAAAUUCUUGGCCGACAUUCUCUCGAUCUUGGCCAUGACUUAUGACGACGACAAGUUGGACACCCUCAAGUACCGCAAGUUGGGUUCUCAAAACGCCAUUGGAUCAUGGGGACACGAAUAUGUCAGGCACCUGUCGACAGAAAUUGGAUUAGAAUACGAGAGGCGACAGGAGAGUGAGGCUGACACAUCGGAUCUUAUUGCCCUUGCGUUGGAAGUUGCGCCAUUUUUCCUGGCUCACAAUGCCGAAGCAGACGCAGUCGAUCUGCUGAUGCAGCUGGAUAUCAUGCCAAAGUUGGUAGACUUCGUGGACAAGAAUUCCUAUAAGCGUGUCUGCCUUUAUAUCUCAAGCUGUGUGAACUACUUGGAGUCGCCAGAUGAUGCUAUCUGCCUACGUACCGCUCAUGACAUCUAUUUGAAGCACAGCAAGUAUGCCGAGGCCCUGUUGAUCGCCAUCCGCAUGUCGGACAAGGCGCUCAUCCAGAGUAUCUUUGACAACUGCCAGGACCCUCUCUUGAAGAAGCAGCUUGCUUUCAUGCUUGCAAGACAACAGCUCUCGGUUGAGACUGAGGACGAGGACCUCCAAAACUGCAUCAACAACACCCACCUGACCACCCACUUCAUCAGCCUCGCUCGUGAACUCGAUUUGAUGGAGCCCAAAACGCCCGAGGACAUUUAUAAAUCUCACCUUGAACACAAGCGCGCCACUGGUGUUGCACAGGUGGAUUCUGCCCGCCAGAACUUGGCGUCAACCUUUGUAAAUGCAUUUGUAAAUGCUGGCUUUGGGGUUGACAAAUUGAUGUUGAGCGAGGAGGACGACGGUGGCUGGAUCUUCAAGAACAAGGAUCACGGCAUGCUUAGUGCUUCUGCCUCCCUGGGCAUGAUUCUCCUAUGGGACGUUGACAUGGGUCUAAACCAAAUUGACAAGUACAUCUAUUCGGACGAUGAGAAUAUCAGAGCAGGAGCCUUGCUCGCUGUGGGUAUUGUCAACUCUGGCGUCCGCAACAUGGCCGAUCCCGCAUUGGCUGUUCUCUCGGAACAUUUGGAGGACACCAAGUCAACCACGAACCGCGUCGCUGCCAUUCAGGGUCUGGGUCUUGCAUAUGCUGGCUCUGCUCGCGAGGAGCUUUCUGAACUACUUCUGCCCAUUGUCAGCAACUCUGAUAUUGCCAUGGAGCUGUCCUCAUUUGCCGCCCUCGCCUUGGGUCAGAUCUUUGUCGGUACAUGCGACGGAGAGAUUACUAGCACCAUCUUGCAGACGAUGCUUGAGCGUGCAGACGGUCAGCUCGGCGAGACGUUCAGUCGCUUCAUGAGUCUCGGUCUUGGCUUACUUCACCUCGGUACUCGUGGUCAGAGCGAUGUGACCUUGGAGACUUUGAAGGCGAUUGAGCAUCCUAUUGGUCAGAGGACAAGUGUGAUUGUUGAGAUUUGCGCAUACGCUGGCACUGGCGAUGUGCUCCACAUCCAGCGCAUGCUUCAUUACUGCAACGACCACUUUGACGCCGAGAGUAAUACCGACGACGAGUUCCAGGCAUUCGCUGUCAUCGGUAUCGCCCUGAUUGCUCUCGGAGAGGAUAUCGGAGCAGAGAUGGCCUUGAGGUCCUUUACACAUUUAAUGCAUUAUGGUGAACCAGUGAUCCGCAAGGCUGUUCCACUGGCCAUUGGUCUCCUUUGCGCAUCCAACCCCGUCUUGUCUGUUCUGGACACCCUCGGCAAAUACUCCCACGACACUGACAUCGAGGUUGCCUUGAACUCGAUUUUUGCUAUGGGUAUGGUCGGAGCAGGAACCAACAAUGCACGUGUCGCUCAGAUGCUCCGUCAUCUCGCUUCUUACUACCACAAGGAUGCUAGCUGUCUGUUUGUCGUCCGCCUUGCACAGGGACUGUUGCACAUGGGCAAGGGUACUCUGACAAUCAAUCCUCUCAACACCGACCGCCAGAUUAUGUCACCCGUUGCUCUGUCAGGUCUUUUGACAACCCUGUUCGCAUUCACGGACGUCAAGACACUUAUCUUGGGUCGCCACCACUAUCUGCUGUACUCGCUUGUAACGGCGAUGUACCCAAGGUUCCUGAUUACGUUGAACGAGGAGUUGGAGUCCGAGGCUGUUGCUGUUCGUGUGGGUCAGGCUGUGGACGUUGUUGGACAGGCUGGUCGGCCCAAGACCAUCACCGGAUUCCAGACACAUUCGACACCUGUCUUGCUGGCUUACUCAGAGCGCGCAGAACUCUCAACAGAAGAAUACUUAGCACAGGCUCCUGUCUUGGAAGGCUUCGUGUUGCUGAAGAAGAAUCCGGAUUACGUGGAAGAAACAAAGGCAUAGACGGUGCGGCGGACUCCUCAGGUCAAAUGGGAGAACGGCAUGUGUAUAUCAAAGAACAAAAAACAAGAACUCGCUCGUCUCCUUUGCGCCCAGUUCGCUAUGUCUUUUUUAUUAUUCCCAUAGAUGCGGGGAUGGUACAGGUCAUUCAUUGUCGAAUAAAGCGAGAAAUGAAAAAAGU